UUGAGCAGGUUUCAUGGCUGUCAGUACUCGAGGACCUUGAGCACAUGAAAAUAAAAUCAAAACAGCACGUGUGAUUGUAGAAUUCCAGAACUGAACAGGACAUGGCGAAACGGAUAAUAUAUCCUUUAUACCAGCUCGGUAACCCACAGCUGAGAAUAUUCCGGCCCACCUUCAACCUGACCCUGGUCAGACCUGGCAAAGAACAGCCACCUGAUACAGUACAGUUUCGCAUUCCUAUGGAAAUGACCAAGUUUGAUGUCAGAAAUUAUCUAGAGAAGAUCUACAGCGUUCCUGUCGCAGCUGUACGCACAAGGAUCCAAUACUGUACAAACAAGAAACGAAACCACUUAAACCAGCGAGUGAAGAGGCCAGAUUACAAAGUGGCAUACGUUCAACUGGCUCAGCAGCAAACCUUCCAGUUCCCAGAUAUCUUUCCUGAGAAGGAUAGGAAGCACGAGGAGGGCUCUGUUGAGGAGAUGCAGGAGAAGUUCAUGGAGGACGAGCGUCAGAGGCAGAAACCUGAUCUCAGAAGAGGAGGAGUUACUGAAUGGUUUGGCCUCUAGAUAGACAAGUGUUGAAUGAAGAAUGACUUCAGAGAGGCAACAGCUGAAUGAAGAAUGUGGUGUAUUGUAGAUUAUGUAUUUGUGCAGGAAGAGUCAUUUACAGUGAUCUGACCAGUGUCCAUAGAGGGCCGUUUGCAGUGAUCUGAUCUGACUCGAUGGAAAGACAGAUUGCCUGAGAGAAGGCUUGGAAAUCCAUUACUCCAAUAGAAUCUUGUGUUCUUUCAAAGUCUGUAUGUGUACACGGUAUGUCUACACAGCAUAUGAUCCCUCCUAAGCUUCUGCCAUGUCGUGAAAGUCUUUCAGGUUAUGUUCUCCUCCCACAGGUCUCAGAAAUUUAAACAAGUCUUCCUUGGAAAGUUCUUGAGCAUACAUGUUUGCUUUUCUUUAAAGUUCCUCCAAAAUGUUUUCCUUUUCCCCUUGCGGAUCUUCAAGAUAGUUCAUGAAAUGCUUGCGGUAAAUUGUCAAUCUAAUGAAGUGUCUCUCCAGUUUUCACGUGAAAUCAUACUCUUGUUGUUCCUGAAAGCUUUUUUUUU